GGCAUUUUGACUUUGACGCAGGCACAGCUAACUUCACUUUGCUGAAAGUUGUCCUCUUUUUUUUUUUUUUUUCAAUUUUUCUUACAACUUACGAUGACCAGCAACUUUAAUAUUCGAGCCAAAGUGCUGCUACAGCCGUUGGUGCUUUUCCAAAUUAUCGACGCUUACGAGCGCCGACCAAAAGAUGCCAAGCAGGUAAUGGGCACAAUUCUGGGCCGUAACAACGGUAAGAAUGGCCACAUCGAGAUCACCAAUUGCUUCACAGUGCUGCACAAGGAACAGCCGGACAUUGGCCGCAUAGACUUGGAUAUUGCAUAUGCUACCGAUAUCCUGGAGCUCAAUAUGCUGACCUGUCCGCAAGAGCGUGUGCUGGGAUGGUUCUCCACUGGAAAAUCGGUGUCCCGCUCCGCGACUGUGCUUCACGAGUAUUAUACCAGAGAAUGCGGCGAAGGGCAGCCAUUGCACCUGCUAGUAGAUGCAACCCUGAAGACCCAGAGACUGCUGCCGCGACUGUACUGCGCUGUCGAGAUCGGAGUGCCCGGCGGUACCAAAGGCCUGAUGUUCUCGAUGCUGCCGCUGGAGAUGACCAGUGGAAAUUCCGAAAUGGUGGCACUGCGUUUGAUGGAGAAGCAAUCGCUGCACCCGGCAACUAAACAAGUGGGACGCAUUUUGCCGGAAUUGGUUCAAGUGGUGGAAGGCACAAAGGACAUGCAACAGCGCCUGGAUCUGGUGUUGCGCUACAUCAAUGACGUUUUGGCCCGGAAGAGAAAGCCGGACAACUUGGUUGGCCGGGCCCUUCACGACGCCCUCAGCUCGGUUCCGGUCGUGGAUUCCGAGAACUUCCGCCUAAUGUUCAAUGCUAAUUUGCGCGAUAUGCUAAUGGCCAUCACCCUGUCCAUGAUGAUAAAAACCCAGUUGCAGAUCAGUGAGAAGUUGUCCAGCAUGCACGAUCACUGAUUUAACAUGAUUUAACAGGCAGCUUAGGGCUUCUACGGGGAAAUUCAUCCCAUUAAGUAAUUUCAUCUUUAAUCUCAACUAUGUAAUCGCUUUUUCCAAUCUACUUUUACCAUGUACAACAGACAUGUGUUAAAACUCACUUCUUAUUCAUAAAAAAUGUGGAAAUUGUGACUGCUUUUAUUUUGUUGUUGGUCCUUUCAAGCCAUGCCUUACCUAUAAAUUGAACGUACUUAUCGCUCAUUUGGUCAAUGAGUGACUUAUAAAGAUACAUAUCUCAAAAAAACACAACACACAAACAAUUGAUCCUAUUUUUAGUACACAGAGGUUGAGAGUUUAAAUAUGUAAUCGCUUCAAAUGCAUUUAUCUCUUGAGAGGUGUCGCUUUUGAGUAAAUGAGCUAUAUUAACAUAAAUACUAUUGAAUGUAUUACAAGACGAAGGACAAUCUUUUACUUUAAGCCUUGAAUAAAAAACUAUUGUUGGAGACUAUUAAACGGAAUUUAUGAUUGUCAGAUUGAUAAGCUGCGUCUGAACUUUAGAUUCGAAAAUCAUCGCCAGGCGAGAUAAUGAGCUCAUGCCGUAAACAAAUUAUAUUUGUUAAGGCUUCCCCAGUCGCCAUCUACUUCUUGCCCUUUUCAAAAAACUACUGAUUGAGCAUUUUAAUGGCAAAAUUGGUACCGUUAAAUUUCUAGUGACAUUUACAAGAGAUUUUCAUCAGUUGCGAAUCAGUUGGCCAACUCCUGGAGCAGUUUUGGCCGUCGAAAGCUAGCGGUAAAUACAACAACAGCGAGGGGACUGGGAAAUCCGCUGCGGAUCGAAGAUAAGGUCCGGUACAGGUCUAUUUUGGUCCGUUCGACACUCAACGAUGAGGGCACGGCGGAGAAUGGAGGUUGGUAGGUGGUGGGGAUCUCCGGGAUGUGGACCACCCAAAUAACGCCGAGAUAAUUACGCCUUAUCGCGGUUCAGGGACAGUCUGCGGAUGUCCACCAGGGUAAUCAAUUAGCCGGCACAAACUGAAAAUUAGCAAACGUUGACGUCGACCUGCAAAAGUAGCCCUACCCCACCCCUGACACCCCCUCCG